UCAGAAACAGAAAGCACAGACUUUCUGUAGUUGCGCUUUCCUGAGCUGGAACACCCUGUUAUUCUUUGGUUUCUGAAAGUGUUUCAUUUUAAAAUUCAGAAGUUGCUGGGGAUCUGUACUGUCGCAGAAUAAGGAGUGGACAAAGUUGCAUUUGAACAUCUGUCUGGAAGAAUGAUUUUCCACCACAGUACUUUUAAGAUCUGUAGGAAAAUACCUUCCUGUGCUUUUUAAAGAGAGAUGUGGACUUUAACAAUGAGUAAACUGCUGGUAACAGAGUAAGUAGGUACUCAGUGAGGGAUAGUUCAUGUGGAGAGAGCAGUACUUAUCCCACGAGUCAUCUCUGAACAUCAAACGAAGGGCAAAUCUUUCAUCAAAAGAAGAGCUUCCAGUAACUCAUGGACAAUGAAUCAAACAGUCAACAUCAGAAGAACUGCGCCCACGGUAUACAAUUUUGGCAGCAGCAAACAUGCCGAAAACUAUGAAAAAAGAUCAGUGAUUGCACAACCCGCCUUUGUUUUCAAGAAGGAACCACCUUACAAGAGACCUGCAGAAGAUCCUGUGUGCAAGACUGAAAAUGUUUCCAUUGGUUGCUCCAGAAAACGGGCAAGGUCUUCAUCUUUUUCUUUUCAAUCCUCUGACUCCCAACUGCAUAGAGAAAUGAUACUUUCUCCAAAACGAGUGAGAUCAUCAUCUUUUACCAUCCUUCCGACAUUUCCACUGUCCCAACCAGUGACAAGGAAUAAUAUAUUCAUGAGCUCCAUGUUACUGCAAGAGAAUGCUGAUGAGAAAGCAACAGAAAAAGAUAUUCCAUCAACAAAUGUACAUUGGGAUGUUUUAAGGCCUGCCAUCUUACAACCUCCACAAGCCCCUAGGAGUAGACUGGUGGAAAAGACAUGUGUUGGUGAUGUUCUGGAUGUUAAACAUAAAGUGAACAUUAAGGCAUCUGAAGACACUUAUUCCUUGACAGAUGGCCCAGAGAAACUACCUUUCUCUUUUCAUUUUUCAAGCCCUAAAACAACAGGGAAACAGUUGCCUCACAGCAGGACAUUGUCAAGCAGUAGACAUUCUGACUUUGUGUUUGGCGAAAACAUAGUUGAAAGAGUUUUGAGACGUGAGAUAUCCCCAGAGCUGUGUUCUGAAGUGCUUGUUUUUGCCAAGGAUGCCACACCAGUUGAAUUAGCUCUUGCUUCUACAUCUAACAAACCAGCACAAAGAUAUUUAUUAGAGAAAGUUGAUGUUACAACAGGAGAGGAAGGAGAAUACAAUGUGCUGCAGAUCAACUGCAAGCUCUUUUUAUUUAAUAAAGUAUCAUUGUCCUGGAUUGAAAGAGGCACUGGUGCCCUGAGGCUUAACGACACAUCCAGCAACCCGUGUGGAAUGCUGCAGUCCAGGCUGGUCAUGCGAAAUCAAGGAAGCAUGAGGCUUAUCCUUAACACCAGACUAUGGACUCAGAUGAUCAUAGAGAGAGCAAACCGGAAGAGUCUAUGUAUCACAGCAACAGACCUUGAGGACUCAUCUGUUAAGGUGUUUCUGAUACAGGCAAGCUCAAAAGAUGUCAGUUCUCUAUAUGCAGCCAUCCACCACCGUCUUGUUGCCCUGAGAAACUCUAUAACGCAGGGAUGUGAGGCCAACCAGGUAGAAUCGGAGCCAGACAUUCUGCCGGUAAAUUGUGACAGUGACGAGGAAGAGAAUGAAGAAAUGACUCCGGUGAGCAAAAGUGAAAUCGAUCAUUCUCAGUGGAUCCGUAGACAGCCUGUGGUCUGCUCGUGACAACUCAUUACCUCUGGUCCAAGAAACAAAAAUGGAAAUCUGUCAUGUUAAAAUGAAUUUAAUGCCCUGCCCCAUUGGCACAUGAAGUUCUCUGCAGCAUUUAUUGUGCGAUUAUGGAGCAGAAACGUCCCAAAGGCAACUUCAAACUCUGAGAAUACAUGGAAGAUGCACUUUAAAGGGUCUGCUCAUGAAUCCUUUAACUCAAAACAAGAAUGUGAGAACGGUUCUAGUCCUUAUGGAAUCAUGUUAAAAAAGACAGAAAAUAAGCUAUGUAUAUGGGAAUAGACCAGCUUUAAAGGCUAUUUGAAGAAGAGGCCUAUCCUACUCUUAAGUUCUCUCAUCAUAUUGAUGGCAGACAUCACUUUAUGAAUUACUGACUGUGUUAUUUCUAACUAUCUAAACAAUAGGUGUAAAAAAUGACACAUGCAGUUGUCACAAAUAUUUUUAUCAGUGAGGGAGUGAUAUUUGUGCCAAAAUUUGUUUUGCAUUGUAGCCUUAGACAGCUAAUCCUACCUAGCAGAUGCAAUGUGAAUGUACAAACAGAUGUUUGCAGGUAGAUAUGUUGCUCUCUGUGUGGGUUGGGGUAUUCAGUUAGCCAGUAAUGCAUGUACAAUAAUGUGGCUCAUAUCCCAUAGAAGGGGUGCCCCAUGUGCCCACAGCUUGUUCUCUGGCUCUGCGUUUCAGUCUACUCAGAACAGGGCCAAAUUCUGCAAAACCAGUAUCAAUAAAAUUACUUCAUUUAAAUAA